AUGCCAAAUCAAGUAGUCGAAACUGCUACCGUCGCUGCUACCACUCCUAGAAACAAGGUAGCUGGAUCUACAUGUUCCAUCCAACAUCUUAACAUCGCCAGCAAGAAUCUGUCUUAUGAAUGGAAGAGGUGGUUCACCCAAUUCAAGAUAUAUUUGAGAGCGACAAGUCUUGAACGGGAAGAGAAUGGUCGCAAGGUGGCUUUAUUGUUGCACCACAUGGGCCCCGAAGCAUUAGAAAUCUUCAAUAGUUUCGAUGUCAACAUCGAUAGUGUAACCUAUGACAACUUAAUCAGUAAAUUCGAGAAACACUUCACUCCAAAAACAAACAUUUCCAUCGAGAGGCACAAAUUUUUCACGAGACGUCAACUUGAGGGUGAGUCGUUAGAAGAGUUCGUUACAGCAUUAUCAAACUUAAGUCUAACGUGUGAUUUUACGGAGCUGCGCGAAAGUCUAGUUAAAGACAUCUUUACUUGUGGUCUUAACUCCGGAUUCGCAGAAGUUAAACAGAAAAUUAUAUCUGAAGGUGCAAUCACACUCGACAAGGCUGUUGAAUUGGCUAAGACGUACACAUUGUCCAAAAUCGAAGCCGCUAGCUGUAGUGUCGUAGGAGCAGUUCAUUACAACACAAGUCACAAUGAAAUGGGUCAGCGCAGGUGGAAAAAUCGUGCACACCAAAGGUCAACGAGUCCAUCCACUAGACGAACGACACCGUCCAUUAGACGAACAACGUCUCCCAGUCCGGUAAGCCGAGAUCGAAAGAAUAUCUGUCAAAGGUGUGGUCAGCAUCAUUCGAUUCAGGUGCCCAGCAGAUGGGGUAAAGUGUAG